AUGGAUUCUAUCACUGCCAAUAUGGAUCGCACACAGAUGGUUCCGUUCCACGAUGGUCCACAUGUACUCCCCAACAACCCAUUGUUCACCAGGCUGUUACGUCACGCACAUCGAAACUACCUUGCCAUUACAGACAGAGAGCUUGGUGUUUCUAAGACGUAUGGAGAGCUGCUGGAUACAGUGCUGGCUUUCAGAGAAGUUGUGCGAGCAGCGUUACCCUCCGAGGUCAUUGAUCAGUUGAGCAACGGCGAGGAGGUGUAUGUGGGAGUACUGUCCGCAGGGGGCUAUGAGUUCACAGUUGCUGUACUGACAGUGCUGGCACUAGGAGCAGCGGUGGUGCCCAUGUUCCCCACAGCGCCUGUUGAAGAGAUUGUCUAUUACGCUACCAAGUCACAACAAGUGGCAAUCUUGUCCAGCUCAGCGACGACGCAACUAGCCCAAGAAUCAGCACAGCAAUGUGGAAUUGCACAGAUCAGCAUUCUACCCAACCUACCUCGCACGACUCGAUUCGGACCACCCGAAAUAUCCUUGUCUUCAAACCCACCACAAGACCCCAGCGCUCCCGGCGUAGUCAUCUUUACGUCUGGAACAACUGGCAAGCCCAAGGGUGUGGUUCUGCGACGUACCUAUACACACGAGGGUGCCAUCACCGUUGGUGAUAGCUAUGGGAUAACACACACAGACGUGCUCCUACACACGCUGCCCGUACACCACCAGACUGGUCUGGGUACAUCAUUCUUCCCUUUUCUCAACGCAGGUGCCUGCAUCGAGUUCCAUGGCAAGUUUGACGCAGCCACUGUCAUGAAGCGCUGGUUGCAAGGCGGUCUAACUGUCUUCUCUGCCGUACCUACUAUCUACAUGCGCUUGAAGUGGUUCGUCGAGCAGCUCCCAGAGAAGGAGCAGAUCCCUUACAAGCAGUCAGCUUGCCAGUUCCGUGCAUUCCUUUGUGGAUCCAGUGCUUUGCAGGAGCAUGUUCAGGACUUCUGGGCCGCUGAAAUGGGCCGACCUAUCCUCGCUCGCUAUGGUGCUACUGAGAUUCCUGGCUGUAUCCGUGUAUCUGUCGAGCUUCGUGACGUUCCCAAGGGAAGUGUUGGUCAGCCUAUACCAGGAGUAGAGGUCAAAAUCUCACCUGAGGGAGAGCUAUUGGUCAAGACACCAAAUAUGUUUGCGAAGUACCUCAUGGAACCGGAGAUAACCAAGAACGCUCAUGAUGCUGAUGGCUGGUACAAGACCGGUGACAUUGCAAGGCUUGAAGGAAACUUCUACUUCAUCGUUGGUCGUGCAUCAGUUGACAUUAUCAAGUCUGGUGGUUACAAGAUCUCAGCUCUGGAUAUUGAGCGUGCGUGCCUGGCGCUGCCGUACGUCAAUGAGGCCAUGGUGGUGGGCGUUGAGAACGAAGAGUUUGGGCAGCGUGUUGGCGCAGUUCUGGCUGUGAAGAACGUGAAUGCUUCGGACGUUACCCUUGAACAGCUUCGAAGUGAUCUGAGGGGUCAGCUGGCUGGGUAUAAGUUGCCAACUGUGUUGAGGAUCGUGGAGGGUGAACUUCCAAAGGGUGCCACUGGAAAGGUGCAGAAGAAGAUCCUGGGACCGGAGCUGAUACCAAGUCCUGGAUAUGAGAAGAUCCCCCAGGUACAAGUGUGGAAGAAGUCGAGGACAGGAGGUCCAGUGCAGGCCAGACUGUGA